AUGGCAGCCGUCCUUUCCAGCGAAGACAGCUACUUCUCAUCCGCUCCGAUGCGGCGCUCACACUCCCAAUCCAACCUUGGCGGUUCAUUGUCAUAUCACCACAUGGCCGACCUCUCGAAUCCCUACGCCCAUCCUCCCAACAAGUCCUUCUCCGACUCUGACCACUCGUCGGCGCCUUCGUCUCCUCGAACUGCCCACAUCGAAUCGGCAGACGUCUCCUACACUUCCACCCCAUCCAGCAACCUCUCCGUCGCCUCCGAUUAUGAAGACUUGGCCAUAGACUCUCCCGAGGAUCACUUCGGCCUGCCGCCUUUUACAGCCGACAAGCUGUAUAUGCCCCCGCAGAUUCAACCAGAUGACAAUCUGGAGCCACCGCCGAGCCCUCGCACCGGUGACUCUUACACUGUCUCGCCUGCCGAGCAUGACAGCUCCGUCAGCACAUCACGGCCCGACAGCCCCGAACUCAGUGACCAUGCCGAAGAUGACACGGCUAUUGCGAGCAAACCCUCUCGCCAGGUUGACUACCUCUCCCAUGAUUGGAGAGAAGAAGAUAUCUGGUCCUCGUGGAGGUACAUAAUAUCCAAAAGAGGAGAGUUUCCCAACAGUGCCAGACUAGAGAAUGCGUCUUGGAGAACUUGGAUGAAGGCCAAGAACAACCUAAAAACCAUCUCACCAGAGACACUCAACUGGCUAAAAGAUUACGACGUCACUUGGCUUUACGGCCCUCUCCAAUCUGGGAAGCGCAAUGUGUCUGCUAAUAAGACAGGGCCCUCCAGUGUGUCAUUAUCAAAAUCAAGUUCUCUUGUCAAUUUGAACAAGAAGACCAUCCUUAAGAAGAGGAGCAUGUCGGAAGUCCUGCUCCAGAGAUCGCUGUCGACUUCCUCGCUUCUCAAACAGGCUGCUGCAGCCGUUCACGCCCAGGAGUAUCGAAGAAGUGCAAUGCGUCCCAGCUUAGGGCGGGCAAACACAGACUACGUCUCGCUCUCAUUUUCCUCCAGGAGGAUGAGCCACGAAAACAGCAGCGCCUGGGCUACGUCUACAGAAUCGUCGAGCGUUACAUCGCCUUGCGCCGAGCGUAAGCACAUUCACUUUAACGAGCAGGUAGAGCAGUGCAUUGCCGUCGACGUCAAAGGCGAUGACGACGAAGAUGUUGACAUGGAUGUGGACAUGUAUGGCGACGAGAGCGACUCUGAUGACGGCGUCAUGAUGAAGCGGGUUAGAUCAAAACGACGCCCAUUGGCAAAGCAGCGGGCUCAGAAGAAGGCUGCUUUUGCCGACGGCAAGAUCAUUGCCAUGCUCCCAUCUACAACCCUUAAGUACCAAGAGGACAGCCCGGAUUCUCAGGACUCGGCCAUGAAGCACAGCACCGGCGCUCGCAGCCCUCUGCUGUCCCCCUCGUCCUCACAGGAAACUCUGCGUCCUUCCAAGACGAAUGCCGCAUUCUUCUUUGAUGAGGACGAAGAAGAUCUGGAUGCAACUAUCCAGAGCCCCGGUUGGCUUUCUCCACCGUCAGACACUGGUGCCGGUGGCUUGAAGAGAUCAACGUCUUCAAACAGUCUCCUCGAUGAGCCAGCCGGCAUGCGUCGAACUCCUUCGGGCAUGUUCAUGCCCUGCGACGAGGCCGAGACGUCAUCUGGGGAGGGCAUCUUUGGCCGGGUAAUUGACACCGUCAACACCGCCCGUGACAUUGCCCAUGUCAUUUGGAAUGUUGGGUGGCGAAAGUAA